CUCGGCAUUGUGGGAUAGCAUUAGGAGGUCGGCGGCGUUCUGUGUUUUUCCACAAACAUUUUCUUUCGUGGGAUUUUUAACGAUUUUUAACGGGCCGCCGCGAUGCGAGGGGAUGAAACCGAUUCGGAGUCGGUUAAAUCUGACGACGGCUCCACCCGCAGGAGUCUGGACGCGCUCUGUCAGGAGUUAAACAUGGACGAAGAAACGGCGACUGAGGCGCUUCAAAACUUCACCUGCAUCUGUAACACAUAUACGCUCGAGGGUGAUGUUGUGCACUGGCUGGCUUGCGCUCUGUAUGCUGCGUGUAGAAAGAGCUCCAUUCCCACUGUGGGACGAGGCGUGAUGGAGGGCAACUGCGUUUCUCUUACAAGGAUACUGCGCUCAUCUAAGCUCAGUUUGAUCCAGUUCUUCAGCAAGAUGAAGAAAUGGUCGGACAUGUCGAAUCUCUCUCAGGAUUUUCGCAACCGCGUCGGGCGGCUAGAGCGGAAUUUCGAAGUGUCGACUGUGAUUUUCCGUAAAUUCGAGCCGAUAUUUUUGGACAUGUUUCAGGAUCCACAGGGUGAACCUCCCCGCUUGCCUAGAAGCCGCAAACACAGACGUCUUCCGUGCCACAUCAGUGAUGUUUUCAAGUUCUGUUGGACGCUCUUUGUGUACACAAAAGGUAAUUUCCGUAUGAUUGGAGAUGAUCUGGUCAACUCCUAUCAUCUUCUGCUCUGCUGUCUGGACCUGGUGUUCUGCAAUGCUCUCCUGUGCUCCAACAAGAAAGAUCUGAUCAAUCAAUACUUCAGAGGACUACCAAAGGAUGCUGAGAAUGUGAAGGAGAUGCCGUGUGUCAUUGACAAGCUUUGUGAACUGCAUGAUGGCCUUGUGGUGGAGGCUAAAGGCAUAAAGGAACAUUACUUUAAACCCUACAUGAAGAGACUGUUUGAGAAAGGAAUACUAAAAGGUGAUCCUGAAACUCUGUCUGAAUUACUUGACACACCGAACUUCCAAGACAACAAUAAAGCCGUGAACCGGGAAUAUGAGGAAUAUGUCUUGACUGUGGGUGAUUUUGAUGAGCGGGUGUUUUUGGGAGCUGAUGCUGACGAGGAGAUUGGCAUGCCACGCAAAUCCACAGCUGAACCUCCGGCAGGUCAAAUGUCUGCCCGCAUGCAGGUGGAGAACAAUCUACAGCAACACUUUGAGAAGACACGCUCCCUCGCUCCUUCUACUCCUCUAACAGGUCGACGGUAUUUGAAGGAGAAGGAGGUGUUGGUCACCCCUGUUUCUUCAGCAACUCAAAGCGUGAGCAGACUGCAGAGCAUGGUGUCCGGCCUUCGCAAUGCACCCAGCAGUGCUCUCCUUCAGAUCUUCAAUUCCUGCUCUCGAAAUCCCACUGAAGCCAUUCUGAACCGAGUAAAGACCAUGGGAGAGAGGUUCAAAGAGGCCUACACCAAACCCACAGAUGAUCUGCCUGGAGCACAUAUGGAUUUUGCGGAGAAUCGUCUGAAGCUAGCGGAGAUCUUGUACUUUAAGAUCCUGGAGAACAUCAUGACUCAGGAGAUGAAGAGACUUCAGGGGAAAGACAUGACCGUCCUCUUGGAGCAGGAGGUGCUUCAUUGCUCUCUGCUGGCGUGCUGUCUGGAGCUGGUGCUGUUUGCUUACAGCUCCCAGAGAACCUUCCCCUGGAUACUGGAAAUCUUUAAGAUACCUCCUUUCUACUUUUACAAGGUGAUCGAGGUAUUCAUCCGCUCUGAGGAGGGUUUGUCCAGAGACAUGGUGAAGCAUUUGAACGGUAUAGAGGAGCAGGUGCUGGAGAGCAAAGCCUGGACUAGAGACUCCGCCUUGUGGAACUCACUGAGUAACGCCAACCAUAAAGUUCCCACCGUAGAGGAGGUGAACUUUCCAAGUAGUUUUGACACAGCAAACAGUAGUGGGGGUCCCACUCACCUCCCAUUGGUGGCGCUAUCUCCCAUCAUCCACCCACGCAUCAGAGAGGUCCGUACCGGCCUGGGCUCCAGCGCACGCAAAGAUCUCCCUCAGUCUCCCGUCUCGCUUCACGAUCGCUUCAGCUCUCCAGCGGCUGGCAGUGCUAAGAGACGCUUGUUUGGUGAUGACCCCCCACAUCAGUCCCCUAUAAAAAGAUUCUCGGUCACCCCUAUUAAAAUCUUCCCCAGCUCCACUGAGAACAACCAGAACCUCCCCUCAACGACGGUUCUUUCCAUGGCAACAGCGAACGGCCAGCAGUUGACUAUUCCACUGCCAGUGUUAAAGAACGAAAUGGGCGGCAUUACAGUAAUCCAGCUGCAGGCUAAUGACAUGAACUCCCUGACUGCUCAAGUCUUACUGACCGCCUCCCCCAGCCGACCAGCAGCCCCUCCCACCGGACAUGACACGCAGCCGCUACCCGUCAGCAAACCUCGUCGCACCGGGUCCCUUGCCCUCUUCUUCAGAAAGGUAUAUCAUUUAGCCAGCGUGCGUCUUCGUGACCUUUGUCUAAAGCUAGACAUCUCAGCAGAUCUGCGGGGAAAGAUCUGGACGUGUUUUGAACACUCUCUCCUGCACUGCACUGACCUUAUGAAGGACAGACAUCUGGACCAGUUGCUUCUCUGUGCUGUCUACAUCAUAGCAAAGAUCACAAAAGAAGAGCACACGUUUCAGGACAUUAUGAAAUGCUAUCGGACACAACCUCAGGCCAACAGUCAUGUGUAUCGCAGUGUUUUACUGAAAAGGUCUCCGAUAGAACAACAGUCAGAUGAGAACAUGGAAGUAGAUCCACCAUCAGACCAAUCCAAUGAGAGGACAGAACAGUUUGGUAGUGAAGAGGCAGACAGCGAAUUAGAGGAGAGAGGAGACCUCAUCCAGUUCUACAACUCUGUUUACGUGUUAAAGAUGAAAUCAUUCGCUCUUAGAUAUGCACAUUCAGCAAUCGAUGGCAAGAUGGAAGCUCCUCCGCUAUCUCCGUUCCCUUCGGUUCGUGCUCAGCCUCUCUCUCCUCGCCGUGUGUCUCAAAGACACUCCAUCUUUGUGUCUCCUCAUAAGAACGGCUCCAGUCUCACACCCAGUGCCACUUACACGUACAAGUUCACCGGAAGCCCUUCCAAGGAGCUGAACGACAUCAACCAGAUGAUCCGUCAGGGUGGAGUGAGUAAAAAGCGGGCUUUCACCAUGGAGGGAGAUGAGACUGAGUCUCCAUCCAAAUGCCUCCGCCAGGAGACCGACGACGUCCUGCUUAAACGCCUCCAGGAUGUUGUGAGCGAGAGGGCGAGUCUCUGAUCCGAUCGGCUGAGAUGCAAGAGCGCGUGAUGCAAGUCAAUCAAAGAAACUGUCCAAAAUCAUAAGAGAAAAGUUAGAAGGCCAGAAAUCGUUUAUGUUGUGUUGCUUAAAGGACUUCAAGAUAUAAAGGGAGAUAAAAAUCAGUUUUGGAUCCGCAGCAUUUUCUGAUACCAGCCAAAGCAUGAAACAAAACAAAGAAACAAAGCCAAAAACUCACGGUUAUAUAUCAAAGAAAAAUACAAUUCACUUAUCAUGGUUAAGAUUUUUAUUAAACCCAGGGUGAGGUUUGCUGUGCCUGGUUUUCUUAAGAUGAAGUAGAAACGUUUUGAUGAUUUAAACAGUAUCAAGCAGAUUUUGGUAUAUUUAUCAUGUAUUGUUCAUGAUAUACGUUGUGUAUUUGUAAUGUUUGAAUACAGAGGCAUUCUGUAGCCGUCAGCUUUCUCUGUUAAAGGAACCAUGUGACUAUCGUUUUUGCAGAAAAGAGGAAAUAUUUUAAUCGCUUGCAACCCAUAACUGUGGGUAUGUUAAAAGAAAGAUAAGAGUAAAUUCAUAUUUUGAAACUUUUGUGGUAAAAACUAAGCUUUACUACAAAAAUAUUUAGGACUGUAUGUAAACCCUUUGAGUUGUCUGGUGCAAUGCGCUGUGCUAAUCUAACCUCUUGAGUUCUUUCUGUAGGUCAAUUUGAAAUAACCUGCCAAAGUUCUUAUCUGCGUUGUGCAGCUGUACUGAAAAUACUGUGUGCAGCUUUAUGUUCAGAUGUGUAGUAUCUACACCUCGCGUUUAAUUUAUGCUUUCCCUUUUAAGAUUUAUGUUAUUGAGUCAGAUUGAGACUUUUUGUUGCCCUUCUGCGUUUUUCUGCAAUGUUUACCUCUGAACUGCAUUGAAUAUUUACAUUGUAAAAAAACUAUGUUAAUUGGAAAAUCUCGGACGUUUUGGAGAAUUGUUUAACAUCUUUUUUUAACAUAUUCUGUUCAGAUGAAGUUCAAAUACGAAAUGUAUUGGUUCACGUUAAUCAUGUGACCAUUCAUUAGCUGUCAAUAUUGUGUAUUUUACUCCAUAUUUUUGGUGCUUUGUUUUUUUGCUUUUAAUUUGCAUAAAUUUCUUGUUUGUUUAUAAAAAAAUAAACGUUCAAGUUGUGAUUUUA